UAGAGUGGGACGUUACGAAAUUUACAAAUUCUAUUGAUUAAGUUUUCUGCACGUACAAAUGCUGUACUUCGGUUAUUUUAUGUCUUAACUCUACCAUUUAAAUAAUCUUAUCGUGUUUAAGAUAGUUAAAUAGGUUAUUAAUUUAUCAAACACGUACCGUUAAAUUUUGGCGGCAUAGCUCGAACCCACAGAAAUAGAUCUCUUGUGCAAUAAUGUGUGUGUUUUAUUGCGUUUAUCACUUACGUUUGGACCUGUGAAAGUGAUUUAAAUAUUGAUAGUGCGAGUACUUGAAAAUGCGCAUUUAAAUUUUGACAUUAUUUGUUAAGUUUUCGGUGGUGUAAAUUGUUUUAAUUAUGGAGAAUCCAACGGUCAGUGGAUUGAGGUCAAGGUCCAGGUCGAAAACUCCCUUCCUGCGCUCCAGCUGCGACCGUGAGAAUUGCACAGAGGGUGAGGAGCACACUCAUCACAAAUCUGGGCGAAAAACACCAAUAAGAAAAAGUACACCUGUCAAACAAAUUGAAAAGUCAAAGACCACAGAGUUCAUACAAGUGAUAGAGGAGAAUCCACCAGUCCGCAUCCGCCCGACUACCCGGCAAUCAGAGAAACUUGUCAAGACAUCUGAUUACUCCUCAGAAGAAAGCCUGGAUAGAUUGAAGGGAAAUAGGAAAGAAGUUCUUCAGAACGAGUUAAACACACAAUAUGAGCGGGUAUCCACAAGCAACAGCUCCCAACGUUACAGUUCGCUGAUCGACGUCUCACUCAGCCCCAUACAGACGUCAUACAAUGUGUCGCGAGACAGGUCGACCCGUUUCAGCAGCCCAGCGCACAGCGCAUGUUCGACGGACAGCUCGUUCGCCGAGCAAGCUCUAGCGGACGCGAGCGUGCUGCUCGAUCGCGAGCCGAACGUCGAGCAUCUGCCCUACCGACUGUACAAGAUGGCGGGGGAGUAUUGGAACAAAUACCCAAAAACGGACUACACAUAUUCGCCGCUGUCGCGCGACCGAGUGGAGCUGGCUCCCGGUCAGGUCGCGGUGCCGAAUAUGUCGCGACGGUCGCUGUCGCAGUUCCGUAUACAGGGGCCCAACACCGUGGACGAGCCGGACAUACCCGCCACAACUGUUUGGAAGACCAGCACGAUCCGGAAAAGAUUUACUACGGCCGAAAGUUCAGACGACGAGGGCGUGUACGUACGCAACGGCGCGUACAACGCGUCGGACGAGCGGUGGUGGCUCACGCGGGCGCUGGCGGCCAUCGUGACCACCGUGACCACCGCCACCAGCGGCGCGUACCGGAGGCUGGUGGGGCCUUCGCACAGAUACCCAUACACUGACCGGAGACCUGCUAAGAGCAGCUUAGCAUCGCGUACGGCGUCGGUGGCGGUGGCGCCGUUCUACUGGAUCUACACACUCAUCACGACUAUUGUGACCACUACUGUGACUACUAUAACGGAAACGAUAUCACCGAGUGAAGCCAAUGCAGCCAAGUCGUACGGAGCGCGGUACGCAGAGAAACCAGUCGCCAAGCGGCGCUGGUGGCCGUGGAUACUUCUCCUGGCACUGCCCACCUUCGGAUAUGGAUGUUAUAUGUACAAGGACGAAAUUAUGCCAAAGGAAGAUAUUUUAGACACAUAUAAGCCGCCAAACAUAAUCCAAGACGAUGACUUGACCAAGAGAUUAGCAGCCUUAGAGAAUUGGGCGAUCAACGUCGACACUCGUAUCAAAUUCUUCGACCAAAAACUUUCAAAAUUGGACAAUUUAGAGACAAAAAUAGAAGAAUAUUCUUUUAGGAAUUUGCAACAGAACCUAAUACAGAUAUUGAAUGACGAUAAAAACAGUGACGCUGUGGCGGCGAAACUCAAACAACACUUCGAUAGGAGUUACGUUUCGAACGACCAAAUGGAAGUUCUUGGUCGCGAGAUUCACGAAAAGUUGAUAAAUUCCUGGACGCCUGGUAUAGAUGAGGAUGGAAUGAGGAAAAUCGUUCAGGAAUAUUUGCUAACGAUCGAACGCCGACAAAUGGAGUUGAUAGUUCAGAAGGUUAAGGAAUAUGUGAGAGAAGUUGAGACCAGACCUGUUGAGACUAAGUCAGACGUAGACUAUGAGGUUAUAAAGAAGAUGGUCGCUGGAAUGCUGGAAGUGUAUGACGCGGACAAGACUGGACUUGUGGAUUAUGCUUUGGAAUCUGCUGGUGGUCAAGUGGUAUCGACGAAGUGCACGGAGCUGUACCAGAUCAAGACGAAGCAGUACUCCAUCCUGGGGCUGCCGGUGUGGUGGGUGUACACGUCGCCGCGGUACGCGCUCACGCCGGGCGCCAUGCCGGCCGAGUGCUGGGCCUUCCAGGGCUUCCCGGGCUACUUGGUGAUACGUACGUACGCGAUCAUCGAAGUGACCGGCUUCUCAUUGGAACACAUGUCUCGACUGCUGGCCGCUGAGGGGAAGAUCGAAUCCGCGCCCAAGAACUUCUCCGUCUAUGGACUACACGAAGAACUAGACACCGAGCCGCAUUUAUUCGGGGAAUACAUGUACGACGCAAACAACACGGCCAUACAGUAUUUCCCUGUGCAAUACCCUAAAACAAUGAACAUAGGCGGCGUUGAGUACCCGGUCGCUUACGACAUUAUAGAACUGCGUGUAGAGAGUAACCAUGGCAACCCUACGUACACAUGCGUCUACAGGUUCCGAGUUCACGGCAACCCGCUCACAGACAUACGAAGUGCAACCGAGGACAGCAUAAGGGACAGUGAGACAUAGCAGAGAAAUUUCUAGAAAAGUGACACAAGUGACAAUUUAAUACUUGUGUAUAACGUUACAUAGAAAUUUCUAGAAAAGUGACACAACUGACAAACUAAUUACUAGUGUGUCAAGUUGCACAGAAAUUUCUAGAAAAGUGACAUUUAAUCACUUGCGAACUGUGACAGUAACUGUAAAAUGACAGUGUACCUGUAAAAGUGAACAGUGGACAGUAAUUGAGUGACUUAAAAAAAUCGGCUACAGUCCGAAAUUGUUUAUAGAACCAGAUAUUUUUAGGAUUAUAAAUUGAUGUGGCCUUAAAGAUGCAAGCUAUGUUCUAAUAACGCUAUAAAGUACAAAUUCUGAGUGUUGACUUAAAAUUUAGUGUUUAUGUAGAAACUAAGCUGAGUUUUGUGUUCUGAUGCGACUUAUAAAACUAUACUCAAAGGCACAAUUAUCCGCCCACUUUAAUAUGACGCGAGUAUAUUAAAGUGGGCGAUUAAUUGUGCCUCUGAGUAUAUAACGAAUGUAAAGGAGACUUGUUAUAAAGCGUUGACUAAGUGUAAUUAUUAUAAUUGACGGAAACUUAGCUUUAGUGUUUAAAACGUCCCGAUUAAUGUUCAAAGUAAUGAAAAUCUCAUUAAAAGUUGAUCUUUAAAAUAGUACAAGUUGAUCAGAUACACAAAUAAUUAAGUUUUGAGCUGAGCAUUGACAUUUUCAGGUCUCGAAACUUUUGAAACAUUAAAAACUGUAGUAAAAUAUAUCCAGAGUGGUUCAAAUAUAUUGUAUUUUCCAAAAAAUAUAUACAAUAGUUUUGUAAAUAACAGUGUACAUACAAUCCGAUUUUUUGGAUAUAAGUAAUUGCAUCCCAAUCAUGAUAUUUUUUUAGUAUUUCAACAAAUAAACAAUUAUGUAUUUGGUUCCAGAUUCAAUGCUCGGCUGCAUAUACAUAUACAGCACAAAAUCUUACGCUUGGUUGUUCUGAGUACUUUUAUAUUUGUAUGUAGUUUUAAUGUUUUAACUAUACGAUUAAGUUUUUAGUUGUAAUAUUUUAACGGUUUUAAAAUGCGUUGGACAAGGACCAUCGGGCCUAUUGCUUCAUGAAUUGUAAUUGUAUUUAUUGUUUUUAUUUUCCAUUUACUAAAAAAUCCGUUACUUCAUUUUCACAGUAUAUUAUUUGGAACUAUGAAAGUCUUCACGGUUAAAUGGAAGUGAUAAUAUCUGUAUUAUAAAACUUUUCAAAUUAUACACCGUAUUUAUUUUGUGUUAUCUGCCAAAAUUAGACAAAUUUCAAUUUAUUAUUUGCAGAGUUUAUACAUAAAUUAAUUUGAAAAAUGUUUAAAAUGUGCAUGAAAUUCAAAUUAUUAAAAAAAUAUAUUUUUAUAUAUUUUUUUUAUGUAAUAAAUACAAUAAUAAAAAGAGUCAAUUAGGUAAAUGCAUAUAUGCAUUUUACACGUAAUCCAGUCUUUAGUAAAUAUCAUUUAUUUGCAAGUUAUAUCCAGCAUUAAAUCAAUUGAAUUUAUGGAUUUCUUAUCAAUCAUAAAACUGAAACAAUAUUUAAGGCUACUUGGUCCUUGACAAUUAAGUUAUAAGUUAGGUUAAUGAAGGAACUAGUCCAGUUAGUUAGUUAAUAUUAUACCAACUUACACAUAAGUGGUUCGUCUCAAACUAAUAUAGCUAUAGAAGGAAGCCCAUCGUCCCAGCUAACUUGAAUCUUGAAUAUUUAGUUUAUUAUUUUUAUUAGAUUUAGUAUGUUUUCUUUUUCUGUUUUUUUUUUUUUUGCUUUUGCACAAUAUAAUUCACAGAUUUAUUUCUUAUACUUUUAAUAUGAAAUGUCAUCUUUUACUGCUAUUUAUAUUGCUACAAGCUAAUACUAUUUGUUUCAUAUUUGUUGAACAAUUUCUUAUUUAGUUUUUGUAAAUUGAACAAUAUGUGGCAGCUUAUUUAUUUUGCAAAUGCUUUAUUUAAAUAUUACUUAAUAAUGAUUAUUUUUAAGAUUUCUACUUACUUAACAAGUUACCACUAACUUUGUAAUUUCUUUUUUUUAUUGUUUCUUGUCACUUUCUCAGUUUAAAUAGUUUAUGCUCUGUUUUGUUAAUGAACUUUUUCUCAAUUUCUGCAAAAGUGAUUUCGUUACACUUCUUCAGAAAUACGCUAACCAGUGACAGCAAUGUGUUGGAUUUUUAUACCAUAUCAGACUAAGGUAAAAUAAAUUGAAACUUUGACCUACUUUGAUUAAUUUAGUAGAACAUAAGUGAAUAUAAGGUUGCCUGUUUGAAAAUUUGCACUUGUCGAGUUACAAAAUCUCUUUAAGACAAUCACUUUAUUACUUGAAGCACAUUGUAGAGCAACAAACUAUACUAUUUAUUUUAAAAAAAUACUUGACUUAGAGUCAGAGGAUAAUGUUUUUUCGGGAGAAUUUAUUUUGCAACACUUUCUUUAAUACUUUAUAUAUAUUUGGUUAUAUUUUAGUGAAUAGAUCAAUUAUUCGUCGAUCAUCCCUGUUGCAUAGUGCAUUUGAUAGUUGAUUUAAGGCACUUCAAUCGCAAUAAAUCAAAUCGACUAUUGGUAGGCGUCCACAAAUCGCAUCGAACGUAUCGCAUCAAACGAAUUAUAGUAUUUUUUGUAUAGAAAAGUAAUACAAGUGCGUCCACUGAUCCGCAUCAUGCAGAUCGCAUUGAACCGAUUUUAUCGUCCGUAAAAUAAAAAUUCCGUUUGAUACGAUACGUACGAUGCGGAUAUGUGGACUCCUACGUUAUAUCAAUCAAUCGUUUUUGGCUGGUGGGAGGCUUCGGCCGUGGCUAGUUACCACCCUACCGACUGCCAAGCGAUUUAGCGUUCCGGUACGAUGUCGUGGAGAAACCGAAGGGGGUGUAGAUUUUCAUCCUUCUCCUAAAAAGUUACUUCGUUUCCAUCUUAGAUUGCAUCAUCACUUACCAUCAGGUGAGAUUGUAAAGAAUGAAAAAAAAUCAACGGGAGAUAUUUGUUGCUAUUAUGUUGCUUUUCUGGUUAUUUUUGAUUAACCGAAUAUUAUAUAAUAUUUAAUUCUGAUAAUUAUAUACCUUUAAAUUGUAUAAUUUUACAGCAUUAUUGAAUGUGUAAAAAUGUAAUUUUAGUAACUUACUAGAACGCUUAGAAAGUGAUACAGGCAACCUUUUUUAAUUUUAUAUUCAGAUUUUGAGUAAUUUAUUCCUAAAUUAGGUCACGAUUUGAAUAUUUAAAAUGAAAUUAAUAAAGUAAAUGUAAUUUAUUAGUGACUUGUCGUCCUUGUAAUAACUAUGUGUUUUAUUUUAUUUUUACAACAAAAUCAUGUUUUUAAUGUAAGAAUAACCGUAACUUUAGUAUAGAAACGAAUCUCUUUAAAUUAAAACAACAAUAUCUGAUGUUUUUCAUAUUUCUUGAUGAAACCUAAUAAUGUAAAGUGUUCACAAACUUCUCCAAAUUUUCAAAAUUUAACACACAAGUGCUAGUUUUUUUUUUAUGUAUAAUGCAUGCAUAUUUUUCUUUGAAGCAUAAUCCUAACUUGUGUCAAAAUUUCAAUGUUAUCCACUAACUGCUACUUUAAGAAUAUACCUACUUACAGAUAUUUUUUUACAUAAAAUUAUAAAAUUUCAUCAGCAUCCCAUUUACGAGAAGAUGAAAUUAAAACGCGGCGAUAUCCCACGCAAUAUUGAGAUUCUAUUCUAUACUAGGUUAUUCUUAAGAUUUUAACCCAUUUUAACCUAUUUUAAAACAUUUUAUAUGAAAUAAUUUUGGAAAAACUGCAAGAUUACUUUUAAUCUGUAUCAGAAUAAACUUUUAAAUAAAACCUA